AUGGCGCUCCAGCGCGCCCUGGUCGUCGUGCGCGUGGCCAAGGCGAAGAACCGCGACAGCGGCCGGUCGAUGCACUUCCGUCCCGGGAAACAGAGCCAGAGCGCGAACUCAACGUGCGAGGAGACGCAACGCGGUGGCAAAGGAAGCUCGAAGACGACGCGUUCGCAGCGGACGAAUAAGACGUACAAGCAGCGCGUGAGCGGACGACCGACCGUGGACGACGUCGAGCGGGCAUCGAGAGGAGAUCGGACGAAGGCCAUGGGCGUGGUCGAGCGCGAGGCGCCGUAUAGGUUGACGCGGGACGAACGAGAGGCGUGGGAACGGGCGAAAAAGCGAGGCGUGUUGGAGACGCGCUCGACGAGUAAAGACGCCCUGGCGCCGCAUCGGUUUCCUUUGGUGAAUACGCAUCGAGCGUAUUGCGACGCAACGGCGAGAAUGUUCGUGUGCGUGGAGCAGGACGCGCAGGGUGAGGAUGAAGUCGUGGUGGAUUUGAGCACGCUACGGGCGAGGGCGGACGGCGCGGCGCGCGCGCGGUUGAUGACGAUGGGCGUCGAGGUGGGCGCGAUCGUGGAUGAUUUAUGUGGUGAUGAAGAGCCGUUGGCGGCGCAGAUGCGGUACGUGGCGAUCACGAAGGCUGGACUCGAGCGCACGGCGUUAGUGGAGCUAUUGGACGGCGGUGAGGUGGAGACGACGCCGUCGCCGAGCGAGGACGAUAUCGACGCGGCAAGAGAUGCCGUGGCGGUCGUGGCGGAUCGUGUGCGGGCGUUGAAAGAUUCGGGCAAAAGCAAUGCGGAUGAAGACGUCAAGGCUGGCGUGCAAGAGCUUAUCUCACUCAAGGCGACUUUGGAGGCGAUGGAAGCCGCCGCGUCAAGAAACAUUGAGGGCAGCGACCAAACGGGCGUGAAUGCGGAGGAGGAGUUGGAGAGCGUCGAAGAGGAGGCGCGGCGAUCGAUCGAGGAGCUGCCCAUCCACGGCUUACCCGAACGUUUCGUGAGGUUCAAGUGCUCGGAUCGCGCGAUGGCAAAGUCGCUGUCGAAAGCCAUCUCGCAGGAAGAUCUGUCGCCGCUUUGUUUAUGA